AUGACCCGCCUCUGCUUACCCAGGCCCGAAGCCCUUGCUUAUCCUAUCCCAGUCCCUUCCAGGGGCGUGGGUGCUGGGGAGGGAUCGGGUAGCCCAGUGGGUCCAUGUGUGUCCUCCUGGGGCCCUAGCCAGGCCCAGGUCCUGGACAGUGUCCUAGGGCUGGGGGCACUGGGGCUGACAAUUCGGGCAGUCUUUUCCACAGCUGGCCCAGCCUCACUGCUGCUGCUACUGGUCAGCUUCCUGGCCUUCGACCUGCUCCACCGGCCUGCAGGUCCCACCUGGCCACAGCACACACAUCUCACAGGGGGCCAGAGUCAGGGGGCCGGAGAGGGUCCAGGGCAGCUGGAGGCUCCACUCCUGCCCACGGUGGCAGUCACAGGACGACUCAGCCUCCAGGAGGCUGUGCUGCUGCUCCUGGGCCUGGGGCUACUCCUGGGAGCCCGCGGCAUGCCCUUGGCCCUGCUUGCCCUGGCUUUCUGCCUCCAUCCUUGGGCCUGA